AUGUCUGACAAAAGUGACUUAAAAGCUGAGCUAGAGCGCAAAAAACAGCGCUUGGCACAGAUAAGAGAAGAGAAGAAACGGAAGGAAGAGGAGAGGAAAAAAAAAGAGGCUGAUAUGCAGCAGAAGAAAGAACCUGUUCAGGACGACUCAGACCUGGAUCGCAAGCGCCGAGAGACCGAGGCUUUGCUGCAGAGCAUCGGUAUAUCCCCGGAGCCCCCUCUAGUGCAGUCGCUGCAUUUUUUAACAUGGGAUACCUGUUAUUUUCAUUAUUUAGUCCCAACCCCUAUGUCUCCCUCCUCGAAAUCAGUGAGCACUCCCAGUGAAGCUGGAAGCCAAGACUCAGGUGACCUGGGACCAUUAACAAGGACCCUGCAGUGGGACACAGACCCCUCAGUGCUCCAGCUGCAGUCAGACUCAGAACUUGGGCGGAGACUACACAAACUGGGAGUGUCGAAGGUUACCCAGGUGGACUUCCUGCCCAGGGAAGUAGUGUCCUACUCCAAGGAGACCCAGACUCCUCUGGCUACGCAUCAGUCUGAAGAGGAUGAAGAUGAUGAGGAAAUGGUGGAACCUAAAAUUGGCCACGAUUCAGAACUGGAAAAUCAAGACAAAAAACAGGAAGUGAAGGAAGCCCCUCCAAGGGAGCUGACAGAAGAAGAGAAACAGCAGAUCCUUCAUUCAGAGGAAUUUCUCAUCUUUUUUGAUCGGACCAUCCGGGUCAUUGAAAGAGCGCUGGCCGAAGACUCAGACAUCUUCUUUGACUAUAGUGGUCGAGAGUUAGAGGAAAAAGAUGGGGAUGUCCAGGCUGGAGCCAACCUUUCUUUCAAUCGUCAGUUCUAUGAUGAGCAUUGGUCCAAGCACCGAGUAGUCACCUGUAUGGACUGGUCUCUCCAGUACCCCGAGCUGAUGGUCGCUUCCUACAACAACAAUGAAGAUGCUCCCCAUGAACCAGAUGGAGUGGCCUUGGUUUGGAACAUGAAGUUCAAGAAAACCACACCAGAGUACGUCUUCCACUGUCAGUCCUCCGUGAUGUCAGUCUGCUUUGCUCGGUUCCAUCCCAACUUGGUGGUUGGUGGGACGUACUCGGGCCAGAUAGUCCUGUGGGAUAAUCGCAGUCAUCGGAGGACGCCAGUGCAGCGGACACCCUUGUCAGCUGCUGCACACACACAUCCCGUGUACUGUGUAAAUGUUGUUGGGACCCAGAAUGCUCAUAACCUCAUCACCGUCUCUACUGAUGGUAAAAUGUGUUCCUGGAGCCUGGAUAUGCUCUCAACGCCACAGGAGAGCAUGGAGCUGGUGUACAAUAAGUCCAAGCCUGUGGCUGUUACCGGAAUGGCUUUCCCGACGGGAGACGUCAAUAACUUCGUGGUUGGCAGCGAGGAGGGUACGGUCUACACGGCCUGUCGCCACGGAAGCAAAGCAGGGAUCGGUGAGGUCUUCGAAGGACACCAAGGGCCAGUGACAGGAAUUAACUGCCACAUGGCAGUGGGCCCCGUGGACUUUUCACACCUGUUUGUCACGUCAUCAUUUGACUGGACUGUCAAACUGUGGACCACAAAGCACAACAAGCCGCUCUACUCCUUUGAAGACAAUGCCGACUAUGUGUACGACGUCAUGUGGUCCCCCGUGCAUCCCGCGCUCUUCGCCUGCGUGGACGGGAUGGGGCGCCUGGACCUCUGGAACCUCAACAACGACACCGAGGUUCCAACAGCGAGUGUGGCCAUUGAGGGGGCGUCUGCCCUAAACCGUGUUCGUUGGGCUCAAGCUGGCAAAGAGGUUGCCGUCGGGGAUUCCGAAGGCCGUAUUUGGAUCUACGAUGUUGGAGAGCUUGCAGUGCCCCACAACGAUGAAUGGACCCGAUUUGCCAGGACCCUCGUGGAGAUCCGUGCUAACAGAGCUGACAGCGAGGAGGAAGGCGCCGUGGAGCUGGCUGCCUAGUGGAAGUGAGCCGCCCCACCCCAGCCCCAAGUCCGCCCUCUAGAGCUCAGCCUCCACAGACAUCCAUCCCACCGUGACCUGUGUGCAUUCAGUAUCAGUGUUGCCGUGACAUUUUGGGUGCCAUAUUGUGCCAGCUUUGCUCUAAAUGUAUCCCACCCUGGCUCUACUAACCUGAA